AUGAGCAAAUCUCCAUUUAGUCUGCAGUUAUUGAGAAGAUGAGAUUCAUUUGAGUCAUGUGACCAUCGUGCAUGAUAUUCUCAGUGCUGCGAGAAUGGGGCCAACAAGUUGCAACACGUUAUGGGUGUAAGUGUUUGGAAGAUGUGGGGCGAAAGCAGAAGCAGUCCUCCUGCAACAUUCACAGUUCGUUUGAUUUCAACAACUGUACAAAUAUAGUAGGCUCGUGGGAAGGCACCCAGAUAGCGCUGCCGGAGGUAGAGCAAAGCACAACAAUGUUUAUUGUGUUCUCUAAGGUCUCCUAUAUACAUAGUGAAGGUCUCUGGUAGCUGUAGUCUACCGGUAAAAACAUCGGGAACCAAUGAUGACUUCUGUUACGGAGCUGCUUUUGGGAACACUUGAUGAUCUGGGAGAUGAAGAGCUGAAGAUCUUCAAGUGGUUUCUGCAGCAAGCGGAAAUCCUGGAAGACUUCCCUGCCAUCCCAAAGAGCCACCUGGAGAAGGCUGACAGGCUGGACACACUGGACCUGAUAGUGCAGACCUACAAUGAACAGUCUGUGGAGGUGACCAAGAGAGUGUUGACAAAGAUCAACAGGAAUGAUCUGGUGCAGAGUUUGUCCAACAUCAGCUCAGGACCCAAACUAAUUGUGCAUGAUGUUGGGGAAAUGUCAAAGAGCAGGGAAGCAUCUUCCACUUUCCUUUCUUGCUCCAGCAGCAGUCAGACUGAAGAUUUGCUGGAGCCAGAACCUGGCCUUCCAGAACUGAUUGCAUUACACCAGCACACACUCCAGUCACACCUCCAGAACAGGUUUAUGUGUGCACAAGAGGGAUGGACAGAAAGGACAGAUAAAAAACACCUAGAUGACGUCUACACAGAGGUCUUCAUCACGUAUGGGAGCAUUGUAACCAUUAACAGGCAGCAUGAGGUCAGGCAGGUUGAGAUGGCAUUUAGAGAACCAGGGGGAACAGAGCAACCAGUCAAUCCCAGUGAUAUCUUCAAACACCCCUCUGGAAAAAACAUGCCUGUAAGAACGGUCCUGACCAAUGGGAUUGCAGGAAUCGGCAAAACCUUCCUUGUACAGAAGUUCAUCCUGGAUUGGGCUGAAGGACGAGCCAAUCAAGAUGUGCAUCUCACAUUCCCCUUCACCUUCCGCCAGCUGAAUUUACUGAAGGGGAGAAGGUUUAGUUUUGCAGAGCUCAUUCACAAAUGUAUCAGGGAAAGUCGAGAUAUCACAGAGGAAGCACUGAAUUACAUCUUCACAAAACUGCAGGCUUCAGGAAAUACCAACUUUAACAAAAGUAAAUUUAAACUUCUGUUUGUGCUUGAUGGGCUGGACGAAAGCCGCCUUCACCUCGACUUCACUACUGAUAACAAUCCCACCACUGAUGUGACACAGGCAGUUGGAGUAGAAGUCCUGGUGACAAGUCUCAUCAAGGGUGAACUGCUUCCCUCUGCUCGCCUCUGGAUAACCACACGACCGGCGGCGGCCCAUCAAAUCCCUUUUGACUUUGUUGACAUUGUGACAGAGGUGAGAGGGUUCACUGAUCCACAGAAGGAAGAGUACUUCAGGAAGAGAUUCAGAGAUUCAGAGAUUGCCGACAGAAUCAUCUCCCACAUCAAGACAUCACAAAGCCUCCACAUCAUGUGCCACAUCCCAGUCUUCUGCUGGAUCACUGCUACAGUUCUGGAGGACAUGUUGAAAACCUGUGAUGCAGGAGAGCUGCCCACGACCCUGACUGAGUUGUACACAGAAUUCUUGAUGUUUCAGAUCAGACAGACAAAAGAGAAAUAUGGCAUGGUGAAGAGCAUUCAGUACAUUCACUCGCUUUCGAAACUUGCUUUUCACCAACUGGAAAAGAGGAACCUGAUCUUCUAUGAAAAAGAUCUCAAAGAGAGUGGCAUUGAUUUCAACGAAGCCUCGGUGUACUCAGGAGUGUUCACGCAGAUCUUUAAAAAGGAGCGCCGCUGGAAGAAGGACAUGGAUGAGUGCAAAAUGUUCAGCUUUGUCCAUCUAAGCAUUCAGGAGUUUUUUGCUGCUGUUUAUGUGGUGCAGUCACUCAUUAACAAAAACAAAAAUGUAAUGGCGCAACAACAACUCAAGUUUCAAAGUGUGCAGAUGCUCUUCAUCAAAACGUCUAUGGCAGAGGUCCAAAAAAUGGCUAUUGAUAAGGCCUUACAGAGUCCAGAUGGACACCUGGACUUGUUCCUCCGCUUCCUCCUGGGUCUCUCCCUGGAGACCAGUCAGAAUAGUCUACAAGGUCUGCUGAAACAGACAGUAAGUACUUCAGUGGCCAAUCAGGUAACAGUGCAGUACAUCAAGGAAAAGAUCCGGGAGAACCCAUCUCCAGAAAGGUGUAUCAACCUGUUCCACUGUCUGAAUGAACUGAAUGAUCAUUCUCUGGUGGAGGAGAUCCAGCAGUACCUGAGUUCAGGAAGUCUCUCCACAGACAGACUCUCUCCUGCUCAGUGGUCAGCUCUGGUCUUCAUCUUGCUGUCAUCAGAAAAAGACCUGGACAUGUUUGACCUCAGGAAGUACUCUGCCUCCGAGGAAGGUCUCCUCAGGCUGCUGCCAGUGGUCAAGAACUCUAAUGUAUUCUUCCUGAGUGGUUGUAACCUGUCAGAGAGAAGCUGUGAAGCUCUGGUCUCAGUUCUCAGCUCCCAGUCCUCCAGGUUGAGAGAGCUGGACCUGAGCAACAACAACCCACAGGAUUCAGGAGUGAAGCUGCUGUAUGCUGGACUUGAGAGUCCACACUGUAGACUGGAAACUCUUAGGCUGAGUGGCUGUAAGCUGUCCUGGAGAAGCUGUGAACCUCUGGCCUCAGUGUUCAGCUCCCAGUCCUCCAGUCUGAGAGAGCUGGACCUGAGUAACAACGACCUGCAGGACUUAGGAGUGACGCUGCUCUCUGCUGGACUGAUGAGUUUGUGCUGUAAACUGGAAUCACUCAGGUUGAAUUUGUGUAACCUAUCAGAGAGGAGCUGUGAAACUCUGGCCUCGGUUCUCAGCUCACAGUCCUCCGGUCUGAAAGAGCUGGACCUGAGUAACAACGACCUGCAGGACUCAGGGGUGAAGCUGUUCUCAGCUGGAUUGGAGAGUCCACACUGCAGACUGGAAACUCUUAGGUUGUCAGGCUGCAUGAUCACAGAGGAAGGCUGUGCUUCUUUGGCCUCAGCUCUGAGGUUUAACCCCUCCCAUUUGAAAGAGCUGGACCUGAGCUACAAUCAUCCGGGAGACUCGGGGGUGAAGAUGCUCUCGGCUGUGAGAGAGGAUCCACAGUGGAGACUGGACAUUCUCAGUGUGGACCAAAUCGGCAUGCACUGGCUGAAGUCUGGUCUAAGGAAGUAUGCCUGUGAACUCACCUUGGACCCAAACACAGCAAACAGAUACCUCUCUUUAUCUGCGGACAACACAAAGGUGUCACUGGUGAGAGAGAGACAGACAUAUCCCCAGCACCCAGAGAGAUUCCACGACUGGAAGCAGGUGCUGUGUACAAAUGGUCUGACUGGCCGCUGUUACUGGGAGGUGGAGAGGAAAGGCUGGGUGUCUGUGGGAGUGACUUACAGAGGAAUCAGAAGGAGAGGAGGGGAGCACCUCGGCGUCAGCGACACGUCUUGGAGCGUGUGCUGCUCUGGUGACCGUUACUGUGCCUUUAGCAACAACAAAAUGACAGCCAUAUGUACCACCAACUCUGUUUCUGACAGAGUAGCGGUGUAUCUAGACUGGCCUGCUGGCACUCUGUCCUUCUACAAAGUCUGCCCUGACACACUGAUGCACCUCCACACCUUCUACUGCACGUUCACUGAACCCCUCUACCCUGCGUUUGGGUUCGAGUAUAUGAUUAGGUUCGACUCCACAGUGUCUCUGUGUCAGAUGGAGGAGGGGGAGUCGGCUCCUGGUGAGAAACACCUCUGCUGAAACAAGACUGUACAAGAUUACACACACACAGUAGUCACAUCUUAAGGUGUGGCUAUUAGCCUGUAUAUUUUCGUAUCAAUGUCUUAAUGCACUGAAAUGAACAGAGUUGUAACAUAACUUUGAUAAUAAAAAGUUAUUACGUGUCUGUAUAUGAUCAA